AUGGCACACGGCGCUUUGUGUGUCCGCCGAGCGUCCAUCCGCAUCCGGCACCUGGUGAAGCCAGGCCGGCUGGCUCGAAAGAUUCGAAGCCAUCACAAUCGCAAGGACGAGGCAAUGCAGGUCGCGCUCGCCAAAGUCUUCGAGGAGGAGGAGCUGUGGGCAUCGGCGGAGGCUGCCCCGGUGGAGAACGAGGAAGUGAUGCAUUGCGAAGAGCACUCCGAUCCAAUCGAGGCAACCAUGCACGCGGAGGACCUUGUGCAGCAGAUGGUGGAGCAAGCUACGCGCAAUGCGGAGCUUGCCCUAGGGGAAGCAGAACAAGCGGCCGCAGAAGCUGCAGCGUGUGCAAUGGAGCUUGAAAUGCUUCUGAACGAACUGGGCAUUUGA